CAUGGCCAGCACCCGCAGCGCGCAGCACCAGGGCACCAUCGGCUUCCCCCGCAGGAGGAGCGCCCGCCGCGCCGCCACCCCCCCGGCCAAGAGCGGCUCCGGUUCCCCCGGCCUCAGGCUCUCCCCCGUGGCCGCGGAUCCCGGCCCGGACACGCGCUCGGCCCGGACAGAAGCGCUGCCUCUGAGCCCCCGCAAGCGCCUGGGUGAUGACAACCUCUGCAACGUGCCCCAUGCCCUGCCCUGCUCCCCAGCCAAGCGCAGCAAGGAGAACCAGGGCCGCCGCUUGCUCUUUGGGGACCCCCCGGCCUCCCCUGAGAAGCCAAACACCCCAGGACCGUCCCCAUGGCGCGGGGGGCAGGAGACCCCCCGGAGCUCGGGGCCAGCUCGCACCCGGCUCUUCCGGCAGGAAGGCACCGGUUACCAGCAGGCAAAGCGGGUGCUGCAUUCGGCUGUGCCUGACCGCCUGCACGCCAGGGAGAAGGAGAUGGGCGUCAUCCGGCGGUUCCUGCGGGAUCACAUCUGCGGGCGCCGGCCCGGCAGCCUCUACAUCUCCGGAGCCCCCGGCACAGGGAAAACGGCCUGUCUGAGCCGUGUGCUGCUGGACUGCAAGGACGAGCUCGCUGGGAGCAAAACCAUUGUCCUCAACUGCAUGGCCCUGCGCAGCCCCUCCUGCGUCUUCCCCUCCCUGGCCAAGCCCCUGGGUCUGACCGCGGCCACCGGCCGGGAGGGCCUGCGGAGCCUGGAGAAGAGCCUGACGGCCCCAGGGCCCAUGGUUUUGCUGGUGCUGGAUGAGCUGGACCAGCUGGAGAGCAAGGGGCAGGAUGUGCUCUACACCCUCUUCGAGUGGCCCCGGCUGCCCAGCUCCAGGCUCGUGCUUGUUGGGAUGGCCAAUGCGUUGGACCUGACGGAUCGCAGCCUGGCCAGGCUGGGUGCCCACGGCAGCCCCCAGCUCCUGCACUUCCCACCCUACACCAGGGAGCAGCUCACCAGCAUCCUGCAGGAGCGGCUGGGGCAGGUGCCUGGUGACCCCGUGCUGGAUGCUGCCGCGCUCCAGUUCUGCGCCCGGAAGGUCUCUGCGGUCUCCGGUGAUGCUCGCAAGGCUCUGGAUGUCUGCAGGCGCGCUGUGGAGAUGGUGGAGCUGGAGGUGCGGAGCCAGACGCUGCUCAAGCCGCUGCCUGGUGGAGACUCCCCGGCACCCCCCGUCCCCAAGCGCGUGGGGCUGCUGCACGUCUCCCGUGUGAUCUCGGAGGUGUUUGGGGACCGGCUGGCACCGGGGGGCCAGGGCACCCUCAACUCCUUCCCUCUGCAGCAGAAGGUGCUGCUCUGCUCCCUGCUGCUGCUCACCCGGCACCUGCGUGUGCAGGAGGUGACGCUGGGGAAGCUCCACGACGCCUACAGCCAGGUGUGCCGGCGGCAGCAGCUCCCCGCUGUGGAUCAGGCCGAGUGCCUGUCCCUUGUCACCCUCCUGGAGUCCCGCGGCAUCCUCGAGAUGAAGAAGGCCAAAGAGGCUCGGCUGGCCAAGGUCUCCCUGAAGCUGGAUCAAGCAGCAGUGGAGCACACGCUGCAGGACGCGGUGCUGGUGGGCAGCAUCCUGGCCCAGGGCCUGCAGUAGCCUCUCUAUGGCCGUGGGUGGGAUUCUGGUGCCGGUGGGGUUUGGCUGGGUCAUGGCAGGAGCAGGGAAAUGGCUCCUGGAGGCCUCAGUCCUCGUGUGCUGAGCCCUGCCCAAGGUCUGGGGUGAUUUUAUUAAUAUAAUUAAUGUUAUUAUC